AUGUUAGUCGGUAGUUUGACCGUGAACCCAAUGUUGUUUGGGUACAACAUGGGCCAGAGUGGCGUGUCCAGCGAGGACACGACAGCGUCCUCCACUCCGGUGGACACUAGCGACAAGAGGUCUCCAGGGCUGAGCAUGUCGGAGCGGACCGGCGCGCCACCCGCCGCGGGCAAGGAUGCUGUGAAACUGUUCAUCGGGCAGAUCCCGCGCCAUUUGGAGGAGGAGGACCUCCGCCCAAUGUUCGAGGAGUUCGGCAAGAUUUAUGAGUUGACCGUCCUUAAAGAUAAGCACACGGGCAUGCAUAAAGGUACGC